CAACUCACCUCAGCAGUUUGACUUUAACAAUCCCAUCUCCCCAUUCUCACCUAGAAGAGGAAGAUUCGGAUGAUGGGUAGCAACAAAAAUUGAACUGAAUCGAUUUUUGGUUUGCAAAAUCGAAUCUUGACGUAGUUGAUCUCUGGAAAGAAUAAAGUUGGGUUAGACUACCAAACAAGCUUUGCAUUAUGAGCAAUCGGAAACUGUAAGAUUUAAGCUGAGUACUUCAGAAAUGUAAAGUCCGGGCGAGACUCAAGAGUUAUCGGAUUCUUUCCAGAAACUGGUGGAUGCAAAGCUUAGUCAGGUUCAAGAUGAGCAUGAGACUUUGCCUCAUCAUUUGAAAAGGUUAUUCCUGUAUUGUUCACUCUUUCCCUCUGGUUAUGAAUUUAGAAUAGAUGAGUUGGUUCAGUUAUGGAUAGCUGAAGGCUUUAUAAGAGAGAUGCAGAGUGAGAGAAUGGAAGAUACUGCAACUGAGCAUUUCAAUUCCUUGGUGAAGGAAGGCUUCUUUGUCUUUUCUAGAUGUGAUUUCACUCUGGAUUUUGAUUCAUUGCUCUGGGCUCCGGCAGAUGAUCCCAGCAACUUCUUGUACAUGGUAAAUCCUAGCAAGCAUUCAUUAUUGGAGGACACCAUUUCUUCAGGUAAUUAUUUCAAAGCAGUGGAUGGUAAGUUAGAUGGCGCCUCUCAAAAGACUAGACAUUUGUCUUUCAUUGGUGAGGAGUUUGAUGAGAUGCCUUUUGGGAUUCUUCAAAACUUUAAGGAUUUGCGCACACUGCAUAUGCUCUCUUGUUGUGGGUCUUCCAUGAAACACGUCCCUCGUGAUUUUUGUUUCACCUUCACGUUCUUGAAAACCUUAAAUUUGAGUGGGACAUCGAUUUCUGAAUUGCCUAGUUCCUUUGGGAAUGUGAAAUCAUUAAGAUACAUUGAUGCCUCUCAUACACCUAUCUCACGGUUACCUGAAUCAAUAGAUUCUCUUCACCAUUUACAAACUAUAAAGCUUAGAGGUUGCAGACACUUUGUUCAGUUGCCAAAGGGCAUGAAGAAGCUGUCAAAUCUAAGGCAUAUUGAGCUUGAUAUCAUCCGGCAAUUGGAUUCCAUGCCUGGACACUUGGGGAACUUGACUAAACAGAUUUUGCCAGCAUUUCUUGUUGGUAGAGCUGAUGGGUGCCGUGUUGGGGAGCUGAAAAAUUUGAAUGAUCUUCACGGGUCAUUUAACAUUUCAAGGCUCGAAAAUGUGUCAAGCAAAGAAGAAGCUGAAGAAGCUGCCUUGUUCGGAAAGAAACGUAUUCACAGGUUGGAGCUUCAAUGGAGUGAGAUGUUUGUUGAGUGUGCUCAGCAAGAGGAAAUACUAGAAUUCCUUCAACCGCAUUCUGGCCUUAAAGAGUUGCAAAUACAGCAGUACAGCGGGUCCAUACUUCCGAGUUGGAUUAGCAAUCCCUCUUUCACUGACCUUGUUGCCAUUACUCUCUACAGAUGCAGAAACUGUAAACUUUUGCCAUGUAUGGGACAAUUACCAGCUCUUAAGUCUCUUUCUAUUAUAGAGGUCAAUGAGGUGAAAGAAAUUAAUCACCAAUUCUUCAGAAAAGGCCUAGCUGAUCAUGCAUUUCCUAAACUUGAGAGACUAGAAGUUGACAUCAUGCUCAAUUUGAGACUGUGGAAGGAUGUACAAGUAGGUGGCUUACCUUCUCUUGUUACACUCACUCUGGACUCCUGCCCAGAACUUGUCACACUUCCAGAACCUUUUCUUUUCAAAUCUCUCAAGCACUUGGAGCUCAGGUGCUGCCCAAAGCUUAUGGUGUUGCCCACCGGUGGACUACCAACUUCACUUGAGUUUUUCUUGCUAUUGAAUUGCCAUGAACUGAAAAGUUGGUGCUUGAAGAUUGAACACUGGAGCAUGUUCUGUCAUGUGCCCGCCAUAUGGUUUGAUCAUGAAGAGAUAAAGGGACGCUGUGGAAUGACAGACUCGUUGACCUUAGCUCAGGUCUCAGCUAUGCCAGCGGAAGUGCAAACCUAUACCCAGAUCUCAACAAAUGAACGGGAUUGCGGAACGCGACAGGAAAGAGAGUUUGAGUUGCUCUCUCAGAAACAUAAAAAAUCAUCAGAUGAUUCAGAUCUUUCAUAUUCAGUGGGAAUGCAGAAAGUUGUGUUCGAGUUGGACAUACACGAUGACAAGUCCAAGAGGGAAGUCAUGAAGACAGUCUCAAGGAUCUAUGGGGUAGAUUCGAUUUCCAUGGACAUGAAAGACAAGAAGCUGACGGUGGUAGGUAAUAUUGAUAUAGUACACUUGUUGACUAAGUUGAGGAAGCUCUGCCACGCUGUGAUAUUGUCGGUAGGACCAGCGAAGAAGAAAAAGGAGGAAGGGCAAAAGAAAGAGGAACCCAAAAAGGGCGAUGAGAAGAAGAAAGAUCCCAAAGAUGAACCGGUUGAGCAUGUCACUCUCUGCGCUUCAUACAACCCAAAUGGUACGGGUUAUAGAAUACAUACGGAUGAGAACCCCAAUAGCUGUGUCAUCUGCUAAUCUAAAGGGUUAGAAAAGAUUGAAGCCAAGUUGAAUAAUGGGUCAGAUCGAUGAUUUUGAUAUUGUUCUAAGAGAAGCCAUAUUGUACAGUAGGGGGACUAAGGGCUGAAAUGCUUUGUUAGGAUCAGCAAAAGAGGGUAAGAAGGCGAAAUAUCUAGAAGAUGAAGAGCUUCUCAAAGUGUACUAUUCAAACAGAACACUGAUGACUACCUUACUGGCUGCAGUAAUAGUCCUUUCGAACCCGUGUCGUCUGAUUCACUGAAUUGGAGGGUUGGGAAAGGAAAUUCCAUUCUUAAUCCUUUAUUGCGUUUGGGAUGCAAUAGAACCUGUUGCAUCUGCUAAUUAAGGGCUUGCUUGAUCGUUUCCAAACGGACAUCAUCACAUAUAUGAUCCAAGCGAUAAGACAUAGAGGCAGAGGAUCUAAAGGGUUUCAUACAUACUUUUUUGUUGUGGCUCAAAUCCAGGACGUAAUGAACUAUUUUUUAGGGUGAGAAACACUCUGUGGGGGAAUUGAUAUUCUAUUAUGUACAGACUAUUCUAGCACGUCUCACUCCAUCAUAGUAGUUGCAAAUGUUCUAUUCCCUUUCUUGCACAGA